AUGGUUUGUUCUUUACAGGGUCUCUUGUCUUUUCUUUCUGCUCCAUUGCUUGGUGCUCUAUCUGAUGUCUGGGGCAGGAAGUCCUUCUUAUUGAUAUCUGUGUUCUUCACCUGUCUACCAAUACCAUUGUUAUUAUUUGAUUCAUGGUUAUAUUUCAUAGUCAUUGCUAUUUCUGGUAUAUUCUCUGUUACAUUCUCAAUAGUCUUUGCUUAUGUUGCUGACUGUACUAAUGAAAAGCAGAGAAGCUACUCAUAUGGAUCAGUUUCUGCUACGUUUGCUGCCAGUUUAGUCGUCAGUCCUGCUUUAGGAACCUGGCUGACCAGUUUUGCUGGUGGCCAGAACCAAGUCAUAAUCCUAGCGUCAAUAAUUACAAUAUUCAAUUUAUUUUUCAUCAUUUACAUUGUUCCCGAGUCACUGCCCGAGACCUCAAGGAAGACAUCAUGGGGUUCUCCUAUUAGUUGGAAACAAGCCGACCCUUUCGCUUCGUUAGGUAAAGCUGGUAGUGAUCCUAAACUCCUCCUUCUCUCCAUUAUGGUCUUCCUCUCUUAUUUACCCGAGGCUGGCCAAUACUCAUGCUUCUUUCUUUACCUUAGACAAAUUGUUGGUUUUAGUUUAUUAGAGGUGUCAGUUUUUAUUGCAUUUCUUUGCAUAGCAUCAGUAAUAGCACAGACACUAGUGUUAACAUGUCUGAUGCACCUAGUCGGUCACAAGUACACCAUCAUCUUUGGUCUAAUAGUACAAGCUAUACAACUAUUCAUUUAUGGCGUGUGGACCAGUAAAUGGCUAAUGUGGACAGCUGGUGUCUUUGCCGCUUUAUCAACAAUCAUAUACCCAGCUAUUAGUGCUUUAGUCAGCAAAAAUGCCGAACCAGAACAACAAGGUGUGGUUUUGGGUAUUUUGACUGGAAUGAGAGGUUUAUGUAACGGAUUAGGCCCUGCCCUUUUUGGUCUCAUAUUUUAUCUUUCUCAUGUUCAUUUGAAGGAAGUGGGUAGUGUGAGUGUUGCCAUGGCAGCGACCAGCAGUAAUGAUAUUCAUGGGUUGGGCGGAGUCAGUCCUGUACUAAUUAAUGGUACAAUGUCACCUACUGAUAUUAGCAUGCAUGAGGGUGGUCUAUUCAGAGGUCUUCCAUUCCUCUUUGGUGUAAUACCAGUACUAAUUGCACUGGUUGUUGCCUUGUGUAUUAAAGAUACUAAUAGUUUUAUGAAGAAAUCAUCAGAACACAAUUCACUCAAUGUAUUAUGACAAGUGGACUGGAGUACAGUAUAGUAUUAUUUUCAUCUCUCAGUUUCAUAUUAAUAAAAAAACAGUCACAUGCACUCACACACUCAUUGUUAUUAUCAUGAAUUUCCAACGAUAACUCUGCAAGCUAA